AUGGCGUCCGUUGCUCUUCCUGAUGCCGCGCAUCCCGAUCGUUCCUCUCCCUCCCACUGCCUCCCUGAUGCCUCGCCCCCGCAUGUUGCCGCCACUCCCGCUGCUCCCGCUGACUCCGCCACCCCAACGGCGUCGUCAAGGCGUUCCGACCCUUCCGCCACUUGCGCGCGCCUUUCCCGCAAGGAGCGGCGGCGCACUGCGAAGAAGGCGCGCAGACAGCAGCAACGGCGGGAACGCGCGAUUGCCGCGGCGGAAAGCCUUGCGCGGGAGGAGGAGGAGCGGGAGAGACGGGCGGAAGCGAGCAGCGCAGAGCGAUGGGCGCGGAUAGAGGAGGAGAGGCGGCGGAGAGAGGCGGAAGACGAGGAGCGGAGGGCGCGGGAGGAGGGCGAGCGACGAUGGCUGGCGCGAGAGAGGGAGAUCGAGGAGGAGAAGAAACGGGUGGAGGAGAGGCGCAGGUGGACAGAGGUGAGCCAGGGUUGCAGCAAGGGGAGCGACGUGCUACGUAGGGAGGGCGGAGGGCGCGCGGAGGAGGGUAGGCAGGCACGGGAGCCCAAGGCGGAUGAAAGUGGGGGGCUCUGCGAGGGAGGCAACUGCCACUCAAUCUCUUUCCACUCCCUCCCUCCCUCCCUCCCUCCCUCCCUCCCUCCCUCCCUCCCUCCCUCCCUCCCUCCCUCCCCCCCUCCCUCCCUCCCUCCCCCCCUCCCUCCCUCCCUCCCUCCCUCCCUCCCUCCCUCCACCUCCACUCCCCCAUCUCCCCGCUCCAUUCUUUUCCUUCUUCCGUCAAACCAGGAAGCAGCAGCUGCUGCAGCGGCAGCAGUUGCAGGCGCAGUGGCAGCAGGGCGGGAGGACAAACGCGCAUGCUCGCAGCAGACGAAAGAGGAGGAUGAGAAGACAGAGGAAGAGGAAGAAGAGCAGGAGGAGGAGGAGGUGGAGGUGGAGGUGGGGGGCGUGCCGGACAUAGUGUGGGAGGGGGACGACAUCAUCGUGCGCAAGAGGCGCGUCAACAUGCGCCGCCGCAAGGGCCAGUGCCUGCCUGGAGAGGUGCCCGGCACUGCUGUGCCUGUGCCUGUGCGCGUGCGCGUGCGCGUGGCAGCAGCAGUGCCGGCAGGGGCAGCGGGUGCAGAUGGUGGCAGUGGCACAGAGGGGGGUUGGCGUGUGACGCGCACAGCAGGGGAUGCUGGCACGGAAUGGCCACUCGCUUGCUACUGGAUGCUUGCCUGGCCAUCACUGACCGUGCAAGCAGCGGCCUCAGCAUCCGCGCUCACCAGCCGCGGAGUCACGUCCUCACACACCACAACCCAUGCAGUGCGUGCACACCAGCACACUCAGCAGCACGAGAAUGAGAAUCAGCAGCAGCAGGGCGCAGGUCCAUGUGCGUCUGCUCGUCUCCCACCACCCAAGCACCCACCUCUCUCUGCACCUCGCGCACCUCUACCCCCUUCCCUACUCCCUCCUCUCCUGUCCGCACCACAGCCCCCCGCACAUGCGAAAGCUCCUCCCCCAUCCGCGCCCCUUCUCCCUGCGCCUUCCUUUGCCCGCUUGCCAUCUGCCAUCCCCUCUCCUGCCGCUGCUGCUGCUGCUGCUGCUGCUGCACCUGAUGCUGCAUCGGCCAAUAUGGUUGCUGCUGCAGCGGCAGCAGCAGCAGCGAUGGCGUCAGCCCUUCCUCCUGCCACUGCUUCCACUGCCGCUGCGUGCACUGCACCUGGUGCAGUGUCCGCGCUGCUGCAGCCAGCAUCACAUGGCACCAGGGAACCUUUCCCACAAGUGCAAGCACUCGUACAGGUGAUGCUGGCAGGAGCAUCAGCAGUACCAACAACGCCCGUGGCGGGAGCAGCAGCAGCAGGAGAAAGCGGCAUGGCAGUACCAUGGCGUGGAGGCGCAACUGCAUGCGGCAUGUCCCAAGCGCCCAGCGACCAGCAGGCUGACAGCUCCUCAUGCGCAUGCCAUGCGCCCGGGGUGAACUAUUACCUGGACCAGGAGUGGGACAGCACGCACCGCAUGCACACACGGCCAUGCAGCGGGGCACAGGAAAAGGCACAGGAAGGGGAGCAGCAGGAGGUGGGAUGGGGGCGGGCAGGGGGCGAGGGCGUUGGGGCGUAUGAGCAGUUCUAUGUGGACCUGCACACGGAGUUCCAGAAGUAUGGCGAGCUCUACAACUUCAAGGUGUGUCGCAACGCAGCGCCCCACCUGCGCGGCAGUGUGUACGUGGACUACAUGCACCCCGCCCAUGCCGCCAGCGCCCUCGCUGCCAUGGCCGGCCGCUUCUACGGCCGCCACCAGCUGGCAUGUGUGCUGGUACCCAUUGACAGGUGGCGCAACGCCAUUUGUGGAGAGUACCGCAGGAAGGGCAAGGUGAGGGGGAGAGCGCUGGGAGGAGUUUUAGGAAAGGGAGUGGGGAAGGAAAGUGGGGGAAGUGGAGCCCCAUCCGCCCCCAACCACGCCUCUCUUUCCUCCUGCUGCUUCUCCCCGCCCGCCCUCUCACUCACUCCCGUUCAGCGCUGCCCGCGCGGCCCCUCGUGCCCGUUCCUGCACCCCUUCGCCAACCCCCAUGGUGACUACGAGUGGGCUGACUUUGACGCUCCGCCGCCCCUGCUGUGGCAGCAGCAGAUGCAGGGGCUGUAUGGGGGGGGCAGAGGGGCGCGGGAUUAUGAGAGGGAGAUUGAGGCGCGCAGGGAGAGGAGUGAGGGGGGCAGGGAGAGGAGCGAGGGGGGCAGGGAGAGGACGGGGGGGGAGGGGAAGGAGAGGGGAGUAAAGGAAGGGGAAGGGGUCAGAGAAAUGGCGGAGGUUGUUGGGAGAGGGGGGCGUGAUAGUGGUGGUGAGGUGAGGGCGAUUGUUGGAGAACUGGGGACAAGGAUAGGGAGGACAGGGGAAGGCGCGAGUAAAGGAGAGGAGCAGAAGGGGAGGGGCGGAGUAGAGUGGAUAAAGGGAGGCGUGCAGUGGAGGGGCGAGAGAGGGGCAGCUGGGGGUGGGAGGAACGUGAUAGCAGGAGCAGUGAGAGUAGGAGCGACAUGCAGGGCGUGUGGGUUGAGGAGGGAUGGCAGUGAUGGUGGUGGGAGUGAUGGGCGGGAUGAGAGUGGACGAGUGAGGAGGUUGAGUGAUGGGGAGGGGGAACGAUGGGGAAUACAAGGCGAGGGAGGGGAGGGGAGGCGAAAGAGAGUAGAUAGGGAACUCGAGGGGCAGAGAUUGUGGAAGGGAGAAAAGGAGGUGGAUUGGAGCCAUGGGGAGGAAGGCAGGGACUCACACGGGUGGGAGAGGCGAGCAGGCGGGCAGGUAAGGCGAGCGGGUGUGCGUGGAGGUGAGGAGGCGAGGCGACCUGAUGUGGGACGAGGGAGUGCAGGAGGGAUGCGCAGGGACGAGAGAAGUACAGGUGCUGGCAAGGUCAGCGAGAGGGCAGUGUUGCACGUAGUCUCCAGGGAGGGGUGGAGGGAUACGGACGGGAAGGGAAAGGAGUGCGGAAGUUGGAGUGCGAAGAACGAAAAAGCCAAGGAGAGGAGGAUAUGCAAGGAUGGGGGAAACAAUGGGGAGUGGGGAGGAGCAGUAGAGGUGCAGCAGGGAAAGGGUGAGAAGGCACGAGGUGGAAGGCAUGGGGAGGGGAGGGGUGUGGAGGCAGAGAGGGAGAAGGAGCUGAGGGCGCUGCUGUUGCAGAGGAUGCAGGGGGUAGGGGGUAGAGUGGCAGAGGGGCGAGAUAAGAAGAGAGAUGCCAGGGACGAAGGCAGGCAAGUGCAAGAGAGAGCGAAAGGCCAAGUGGAGGAGGCAUUUUGUUUGAGGAGAAGAACAAUUGCCAAAGGGGAGUUUGAUCAGGGAUCGUUAGCAGCGUCUUCCUGUUUUCUAGCCUCUGGGUGCGAAGGGAAGGCCGUGGAUGAUGACAGAUGGGAGAUGGAGACUUAA